ACAACAUGAAUCUCUCGAAGACAAUCUAUCAACAUAGUUCAUGCCGAAAUUUGGCAAUCUAGCAUUACUUUUACGAACCUUUCCGAGAGAUUCUCGUAUGACUUCGUACUUUUCCGUAUAUAAUCGCAGACUCUCGAAACGUAUUUCGCAAAGUCGUUUCAUUUAUCGAACAAUGGAGACAAUAGUAGGACGAAUUCUUGUAUACGGUGGCAAAGGUGCUUUAGGAUCAACAUGUGUCACAAAAUUUAAAUCAAAAAAUUGGUAGUUGCAAUACAGAGAUAUUUCAACAUGCAGUUGCUACAGAGUAAUCUGAAAAAAUAUAGGAAAAAUACAUCAAGGCCAUAAGAAGUAAACUAACUCCUUUCACAUUUAUACUUUACACAUUUUGAUGGGUUGGCUCUAUCGACAUGAAAGCAAAUGAACAGGCUGAUGCAAAUGUGAUUGUAAAGCCCGAAAAUGAUUGGCAACAGCAGGGAGUUGAUAUUUUACAAGAAGUUACCAAUAUUUUGAAAGGCAAUAAAGUAGAUGCAAUAAUUUGUGUAGCUGGUGGAUGGGCUGGUGGGAAUGCAAGUCACAAAGAUUUUAUUAAAAAUAGUGAUCUUAUGUGGAAACAGAGCGUAUGGAGUUCCAUUAUUGCAAGUAAUAUUGCUGCACAUCAUUUAAAGGAAGGAGGAUUCUUAUCAUUGACAGGCGCUAAAGCAGCAUUAGCAGAAACACCAGGAAUGAUAGGAUAUGGAAUGGCUAAAGCUGCAGUUCACCAGCUGACAAAAUCAUUAGCUGGUAAAGAAAGUGGUUUGCCAAAGGAUUCUAUAGUUACAGCUAUUUUACCUGUUACUUUAGAUACACCUAUGAACAGAAAAUGGAUGCCCAAAGCUGAUACAUCUAGUUGGACUCCGCUUGAAUUUGUUGCAGACCUUUUCUGGAAGUGGUCACAAAAUCAAGAACGUCCUGCUAAUGGUAGUCUUCUGCAAUUGAUUACUACUAAUAAUAAAACGGAAUUAAUGGUAGCUUAAAGAGAAAGGAAUUCAUUUUUUGAACCAAGAAUUUCUAAAUAUUUUCAUGACAAUAUAGCUGUUAUAAAUGUUGCAUAUAUUUUAUUCCUUUGAUUGAAUAUUGUUAUUAAAGUAUUUGUUUAUUACAUUGUAUGCAUUUAAAACAGAAUUGAACAUACACUUAUUUGUAUAUAUGUACAAAUAUCUUUAAAUAUUAAUAUGAGUAUUAUAUCUAUUCCAUUAUAAUAAGCGUACAAUAAUAAUACCAUGUAAUUUGACAAAAUUAUGUUGAAAAAAAUGCGAGUUGUUUUAUAUUUAUU